AUGUCCAAGGACAAACUCCACGAUUUCCUUGUCGAUCUGCCCAAAUGCGAGCACCACAUACAUAUCGAGGGCUCCCUGGGGCCCGAGCUGCUGUUCCACCUCGCCGCACAGAACAACAUCUCCCUGCCGUCCGACAAGGAUCCGGCCUUCGCAAGCGUCGACGCGCUGUACGAGCGUUACCGCAACUUCACCUCCCUCGACGACUUCCUGCACUACUACUUCAUCGGAUUCUCCGUGCUCCUCACGGUCACGGACUUUGAGGAGCUGGGGUACGCCUACCUCGCAAAGGCGCACUCGCAGAACGUCAGGCACGCCGAGGUCUUCUUCGACCCCCAGGCGCACACCAGCCGCGGCGUCGCCUACGACACCGUCGUCGAGGGCCUCCGGCGGGCGCGCCGCCGCGCCGAGGCGGACUUCGGCAUGACGGUCGAGUACAUCGUCUGCUUCCUCAAGCACUGCCCCGUCGAGGACGGCCUGCGCAUGUUCCUCGAGGCCAAGGAGAAGGGCCACUUCGCGGACGGUACCAUCGCCGGCGUGGGCGCGUCGAGCAGCGAGGCGCCGUACCCACCAAAGAUGUUUAAGCCGAUCUACGACGCCGUCCGGGAGGCGGGGGUCCGGCGCACGGCGCACGCGGGGGAGGAGGGCCCUGCGGCGUUUGUGGUCUCGGCGCUGGACGACCUCGACGUGCAGCGCAUCGACCACGGACGCCGGUCGACCGAGGACGAGGCCCUCAUGACGAGGCUGGCGGAGACCAAGACGCUGCUGAGCCUGUGUCCCAUUUCGAACGUGGUGCUGAGGGGCGUCGGCGAGAUCAAGGACCUGCCUAUCCGCGCGUUCUUGGAUAAGGGGGUGAGGUUCAGCAUCAACAGCGACGACCCGGCGUAUUUCGGGGGGUACAUCCUCGAGAACUACCUCGCCGUGCAGGAGGCUUUCGGUUUGACGAUCGCUGAGUGGGAGGGCAUUGCGAUCGGGUCUGUCGAGGGUAGUUGGUGCUCUGAGGAGAGGAAAGAGGUGUUGAAGAAGGAGAUUGAUGGUGUUGUCGCGAAGUACAAGGCGCUUGAGGCUUGA